AUAAACAUCCCAACCGAAAAUCCCAAAGCUUCAAAAGCCUUGCACUGGCUUCAACCCAAGACAGAGCACAGCGUUCUCAAUUUCUCAGAAGCCCAAGAAAGAUCAACAUUUGAAGAAAGUUCGAGUCUUUGAGCUGUUUGAUUGCUCAGCCAAGUCAAGCCGAUCAUAAUCAUAGUCGAAGAUUAGAGAUUAGAGUUUUAGAUGUUAAUUGGGGUUUCACUAAAUUUAGAGAGGUGGGAUAGACUGACCAGAUGAAUGUGGUUGGCAAAGUUGGGAGCCUAAUUUCCCAAGGUGUUUACUCUGUUGCCACCCCCUUUCAUCCUUUCGGCGGGGCAGUUGAUGUCAUUGUUGUUCAGCAGCAAGAUGGGACAUUUCGAAGCACACCUUGGUAUGUUCGGUUUGGAAAGUUUCAGGGUGUUCUGAAAGGUGCUGAGAAGUGUGUUAGGAUAAAUGUGAAUGGCAUCGAUGCCAACUUCCAUAUGUAUCUCGAUAACUCGGGUGAGGCUUACUUUAUAAAGGAGGUUGAUCUUAGCAAAGGAAGUGAGGCAGAUGGGACUGAUUUGGAUGAUUUAAAACGGGAGGAUGAUGAUCAGAACGCUGGGGCUCUUGACCAUCCUAGACUUGAACAUAGUGUCUCUGAUUCUGCAGUGUUGAAUGAUUGUGGUUCCUUUGGUGCAAACAGGUUAGAGAGGGCAGAAUCUGAUGUUGAUCGCAAGUUUUAUGAAUUUCAAGAUGAUCAAUCUUCUCUGGAAGGUUCGGCUGAGUUAUCAGAGUAUGGGUCAUCCCGAUAUGAUAAUUUUGAUACUGAGCUUCUUGGGGAAUCACAGAUUUCAAGCCCAGAAGUUAUAUUGGUGAGUGUGGAUGGUCAUGUAUUGACUGCUCCCAUCUCAGCAUCAGAACAGAAUGCAGAUAAUUUGCGAUUAGACACCCCUCGAUUUAAUCUGGGCCCGGGUGAAGAGACUGAUUUCUGUGAAGGAAAUGAGGAGUUAAGUUCGGGUGAGAAUGCUUGGGCCGCUGAUUAUAUUAGUAAGCUGGAUGUGCCUAGAACUAGCAUUGCAGCGGGCAAUGUUCACAGUACUCGGAAAGAUAACAAUGCUUCUGGUCACCAGUUUGAAGUUUGUGAAGGAAAAGAAGAACAAGAUUGUCAAGUUUCUUCGACUGUAAGCCAGGACAGGGAUCUUCAGAUGCACAGCGAUUCAGAAGAUGUAUCUGCUAAGAAGGCAGAUCUUAACGGGAGCUGCUUGGAGCUAACAGAGCUGGCCAAUCGUGGGGGUAAAAAUGAUGUUGAAGAUGAGGGUUCCUCAUUUGAGGCUCAUGUUUCAGCAGAAAAGACUCAAGAGACUCUAGAUGCUGGUAUUAUUGAAUUAGAAAAGAAUGAUGGCUUGCCUGCUUCCUGUGGUUCUGUUCUACCUGAUAACAAUAUAUCUCCAGAUUUACAAGUGGGAAAUGAAUCACGAGCAUCUGAGGCUAGUAUUGAUAGCAUUUCAAUGCAUUCUGUCAGCAAUGACUUAGAAAGGAAGGAUGAACAAAUGUGUGUUGACAACAGUUCUGUUCAUUCCAGCGUUGAUCUUGAAGCGAAGGAUGAACAAAUCAGUAGUGAUAUCAUUUCCACUCAUUCUGUCAGCAAUGGUUUCAAAAAGAAGGAAGAACAAGUCAGUAUUGAUAGUGUGUCCGUACACUCUGUCAGCAAUGCAUUGGUAGAAGUUGAUAAGAUUGAGACUGAUGAAGAAAGACAUGCAGCCGGAGAUGAAUGCAGUAAAAGUGAGUCAACAGAACCUGGAUCAUCAUCUCCCAGUGAAAUAACACAAGUUUGUUCAAGCCAUAGGUUUGAGAUAUCACUGUGUAGGAAUGAACUUCGGGCAGGUAUGGGCGUGACUGCUGCUGCUGAAGCCUUUAAUGCCCGUCGUGUUUCUGCAGAGGAUUUCAGUUCUUCUGCUACUGCGAUAAUAAAAAAUGAGAACCUGAUCAUCAGAUAUAAAGAUAGAUACUUUUCAUGGGAGAAAGCAGCUCCUGUUGUUCUUGGAAUUGCUGCAUUUGGUCUAAAUUUACCUUUAGAGAGCAAGGAUGCAAUACCUGUAGAACAAGAUGACACAGAAAAACCCUCAACUCCUUCUGGACGCAGAUGGAGGCUGUGGGCUAUUCCAUUCCGAAGGGUCAAAACACUUGAGCACACCAGCAGUAAUUCUUCGAAUGAGGAGGAAUUUGUUGAUUCUGAAUCCAGUUUGCAUAACUCUCAUGUUGAAGCAACUCUUGAAUCCCCUCAAAAGCAAUUUGUAAGGACAAAUAUUCCCACCACUGAGCAGAUAGCAUCACUAAAUCUCAAAGAAGGCCAAAAUGUGAUAACUUUCAGUUUCUCUACAAGAGUUUUAGGACCACAACAGGUAGAUGCACAUAUAUAUCUAUGGAAAUGGAAUGCACGUAUUGUAAUUUCUGAUGUUGAUGGAACUAUUACCAAGUCUGAUGUUUUAGGUCAGUUUAUGCCAUUAGUCGGUAAGGAUUGGACACAAUCUGGGGUGGCUAGACUUUUUUCUGCAAUUAAGGAAAAUGGUUAUCAGCUUCUGUUUUUGAGUGCGCGUGCAAUUAUACAGGCCUACCUAACGAGGAGCUUUCUAAAUAAUCUAAAACAGGAUGGAAAAGCUUUACCCAGUGGACCUGUUGUCAUCUCACCUGACGGAUUAUUUCCUUCAUUAUUUCGUGAAGUUGUAAGAAGAGCACCGCAUGAGUUCAAAAUUGCUUGUUUAGAGGACAUAAAAAAACUAUUCCCCAAGGAUUACAAUCCAUUUUAUGCAGGUUUUGGAAAUAGAGAUACAGAUGAGCUCAGCUACAGAAAAAUUGGAAUUCCAAAGGGCAAGAUUUUUAUAAUCAAUCCCAAGGGUGAGGUGGCCAUCAGCCAUCAUCGUGCUGGUGAUGUAAAGUCGUAUACAUCCUUACAUACUCUUGUCAAUGACAUGUUUCCUCCAACUUCAUUGGUUGAGCAGGAAGACUUUAACUCAUGGAACUAUUGGAAACUGCCAUUGCCUGAAGUUGACCUACAGUGAUGUUUUUGACCAAGAGAAAACGUACAUUUCCCUUUUGGCCAACAUUAGUGGCUUGGAGGAGCAUAUACAAUAAAAGAGAAUCAUACACUUGGCGUUCUUCCUGAUCUUCAAAUCUAUGCACAGAACUGAUCAGUUGCACUUAUUAGAUUUGGGGUCCAUUGACUCUGUACUUGUAAUAGAAAUGUGGAAUUUUGAUAAUCAGAAAAGCUCUCUUAACGAAUACACUAUUUCAUUAUCUUAUUUGCAAGGCAAACCGAAUGAGCUUGAUGCA